GGCCGUUGCGUUCUGCAGCGGGUGUAGCGAGGGAGCAGAGCGAGCGAGCGAGUCCCGGGCUGCGCAGUCGGACGCUCACUGGGCAGCCAGCGGGCGACGUGGGCCUGGGGACCGUCCAGCGGGACGCAGAGCAGGUCGUCUUCCAGAACUGAGUUCUGAGCCGCGCAGGCCGGCGCUGCUGUGAUCCCCGGCCACUGGACAGCCCUCAGGGAGCUCCCGGACCAGCAGGAUGGGCUCAGCCUGCCUGAAAGUCACCAAGUACUUCCUCUUCCUCUUCAACCUGCUCUUCUUCAUCCUGGGCGCCGUGAUUUUGGGCUUCGGGGUAUGGAUCCUGGCCGACAAGAGCAGCUUCAUCUCUGUCCUCCAGGCCUCCUCCAGCUCGCUCAAUGUGGGCGCCUACAUCUUCAUCGGCGUGGGCGCCGUCACCAUGGUCAUGGGCUUCCUGGGCUGCAUCGGUGCCGUCAACGAGGUCCGCUGCCUGCUGGGACUGUACUUCGCCUUCCUCCUGCUGAUCCUCAUCGCCCAGGUGGCUGCGGGGGCCCUGUUCUACUUCAACAUGGGUCAGCUGAGGAAGGAGAUGGGCAACAUCGUGGUGAAGCUCAUGGAGGACUACAAGGACCAUGAGGAGAACAGCCUGCAGGAUGCUUGGGACUACGUGCAGGCCCAGGCGAAGUGCUGCGGCUGGGUCGACUUCCGGAACUGGACAGUAAACGAGGCACUCAAGAACAGCACCAACAUCACCUACCCCUGCUCCUGCCAGAACCUGGACGACCAGGACAAUGACAACCCCAUGGUCAAAAAGGGCUUCUGCCACGAUGCCAACAAGACCCGGAGCGGCAACGACCCGGAGGACUGGCCGGUGUAUCAGGAGGGCUGCAUGGAGAAGGUGCAGGAGUGGCUGAAGGAGAACCUGGGCGUCAUCCUGGGUGUGUGCGCGGGCGUCGCUGUCGUGGAGCUCCUGGGCAUGGUACUAUCCAUCUGCCUGUGCCGGCACGUGCACUCCGAGGACUACAGCAAAGUUCCCAAGUACUGAGAGCGCCGGGGGCCCUGCUGCCCACUGCCCCGAGUCCCCCCGCCCGCCCUCCAGACCCACCGCCACCUCACUGCCAAGAGUCCCGCCCCGCCUCACUGCCUGGAUGCUGCCAGCCUGGAGCCGAGCACUGCGGGGGGGGGGGGGGGUCCCGGAACCCCUGCCCACCCACCCCCCGCCCCCAUGGGUCUUCCUUAGCAAGUCGGAGAAAAUGUCCCUUCCUCCCUUCCCCGGAGUGGGAGCCCUGCCCAGAUGGGACGGGCCUAUUCUGGGCCUUAUCUCUAUUCCGGGGGGGCUGUAUUAAAAGUGGGUGGGGGGUCUGGCCCACCGUCGGGGGUCUGUCUGGGUGGGGGCAAGUGCUCCUGAACGCCCAGUGUCUGUCUGUCUUUGGUGUUCACUGAAGGAGGUGGGACGGGGGUGGGGGUGGAACCCCGAGCCCCGAUGUGAGCCCACGGCCCCCCCCUUCCCCGCCACCCCAGCAGCUCAGAGUGGGGGCGGGGACUGAACCACAGAGGGGGACUUCCCAGGGGGGAGUCCCACGGGCCCAGAGCUGGCCCCCAGGGGUCCCAGGGAAUAAGGUGUCGACUUCUCCCCCUCUCCUCAGAAGCUAGGCUGGCCUGUGCUUGGCCCCUGGGGAC